AUGCCUCCUCUAAAAAGAAGCAACUCGUGCACAGACAUUGGAUUCACUCUCCGACGUCAAUUCCACAAGGACGAUUUCAGGCCUUAUCAACGUGAAAUUAUAGAGGCUGCUCUUGAUGGCUACGAUGUAUACGUUCAAGCUGCCACGUCGUUUGGCAAGAGUUUGUGCUUCCAGCUGCCAGCAGUUAUCGAUCAGGGCAUUACCAUAGUUGUUUCUCCCCUUCUUAGUUUGAUGAUCAACCAGGUUGAGGCACUCAAAGCUUCUGGCAUCGAAGCCAGUUCUUACAACAGCCUGACCCCUUAUCCCGACAAGGUUCGCAUCGAACGUGACCUUGAAAGUGGCCACCCAAGACUCCGGCUACUCUAUGUCACACCAGAAUUGUGCUCUUCUCCACGCUUUCGUGAACGUUUGCAGCUCGUUUACAAGCAAAAGGAACUUGCCCGGGUAGCAAUUGACGAAGCUCACUGUAUUUCAGAAUGGGGCCACGACUUUCGAAAAGACUUCAGCCGUCUGUCAUGGUUCCGAGAUACUUUCCCAGAUGUGCCAAUCAUGUGUCUCACUGCGACCGCAAAUCCGCAGGUCCGCCAGGACGUGUUAUCUAUACUAAAGCUUGAUGAAAAUCCCGAGAAAACAAAAAAGUUCUUGAUGAACCCGCAGCGUAAGAAUCUGCAUCUUGAGAUCCGAUAUACCAAAGACGAAGAAGACACCCGCCUCAACGACUUUCUUCGGUGGAUCAAAAGCGUCUAUGCGCGGCGUGAGGGCGGUGAAAGAAGAGCGGAACUUGAUCAAGUGAACGAACGGGUCGAUAAUGUUCCAGGCAUUAUCUAUACAAUAUCAAGGGACGAAUGCGAAUCUCUUGCCGCCUCUCUCCGCAGUGAAGGCAUCGGAGCAAGGCCUUUUCAUGCUAGACUCCCCAAAGAUGUCAAAGAAGAGACACUCGCCCGAUGGAUAAAUAACGAGGUUGGCUACGAUAUAAUUGUUGCUACGACAGCUUUCGGUAUGGGCAUCGACAAGGACAACGUGCGUUUUGUUGUUCACUGGCGAAUCCCAAAAUCUUUCGAGGGUUACUAUCAAGAAGCCGGCCGUGCAGGUCGAGACGGCAACGCUAGCUACUGUUUCCUGUACUACAGUCGAGAAGAUCUGGAACGAGUGACGCGAUUGAUCAGGUCAGACUCGAAGGAGGAGACGAACCAGAUAGCCAGACUAAAAAGCCUCCAGGCUCUGGCUCAAUAUUGUGAAGAUACUGGCAAGUGUCGGCACGCUGCUAUAUGUAAGUAUUUCGGCGAAACAAGCAUACCGGACUGCGAUUUUGCCUGCGACUGGCACAAGGAUCCGCAAGAGCUGGAAACGAGGUUCAUGAGAGGCUUGGCAAGCGAGGAGUGGGUGAGCACGCAGGCACAGCAAGGCACUUAUGAUAUCCCGGGGACUUAUGAUGCUUAUUAUGAUUAA